GUUGCAUUUUGCGCCACCUUGGCCGGCUUCGGCGGAAAGGGCGCAAUUUCUGCGUGACAGUUAGCUCACAAUUCCAACCGGAAAGCAAACUUUUUGGUCUCGUGCCGCGCAAUACCUGCCAACCCUAUCUGCCUCAACGAUGGUUUCCCUCUCCUUCCCUAUUAUCUUCCUCUUAUCCAUCCUUCCGUCUGUCAAGGCCUUGAGCAGCGUUCCCUUUGGAGGAGUCGAGCUACAGCUUCAGUCCAGUACUUCCGAGAAAGACCCGGAAACCCUGCUGGUCGAGGUACUCACGCAAACAGUCAAGUACCUGGAUACUUCCUUCACUGAUACCCUUCAAAAUAGUGACAUUGAAUUCUCCCAUAUUGGACUUUCGGUGGACAGUUACGACAUUGACGCAAGCUCUGAAUCGAAUUCUGUAAGCUUCAAAUUCUCAGGCACGGCUUUCUUUAACUCAAGUCCAGCGCCGACCCAAGAUGACGUUCUUCAGAUCCUUGCACAAAGUUUCCUGGGAAGAAACAGCCAAGAGUUUACUUCUUCUCUCAUGCAGUCUAAGGAGCCGUUCUUACAACGCUUGAGCUACGCCAUUGUUCAAGUUAAUGGAUACGUCAUUCCAGGAGGAGUAGAUACGGAGUCCGCGAAUCCGCAACAGACGGAAGAGCCCGACCAGUCUUUCGACCUGGAAAUGAUUGCCAUUAUUGUCGGAUGUGCCACUGGAGCUGUUCUUUUAAUUCUACUGUGUUAUUGUCUCUGCUGUGUCGGUGUCGAGCCAGAGGACGCUGACGCCUACGAUGAUAGCCCCUCCAACGGCAAGCCUGCGAUCCAACAGAGCCAAACUAGUGAAACACAGGACGACAUCGAGGCAGUAUCGGAGCCACCCUCUUCGCCACAGUCCAUUGCCUCACAAGACUCCAGUGUCUUUACUUACAACCCCACCUCAAAGAUCAGUUUUGAUGCGAGCACCUUGUCGACCAACACAACCGACACGAAUGCAUUGGAUCUAGCUCUUUGGCAACAACGAAACACAAUCAAUAGCAGGUAUGCUCCUUUUGGUCAUGAUAUUUCUGCAAUUGAAAUGCUCAAUGAAAACAAGAAGGACCUUAGCUUGAUUGAAGAGGGAGACGAAACAGCCACACCCGCCAAGCAGAUGGAGUACCUGUCCAGGGAUUACUUGUCCAGACGUGAUCGACGAGACAGGUCUCGAGCAUCACGAGAAAGCGGCUUCAGUGGGGCUUCCGAGCGGUCGGUCAACAGCGAUGUGAUUGCGGAUCUUCGCAACCUCUCCCAACAAAUCAAUCAAUACCGAAAACGCUAGAAAUCUUUGUCUACGGUAUCCGCAGCGUAGUUGUAAUUGUCUUUACAUAUUACUGUUUCCUUUCU